GAGGAGUUUCGGGAAGAGGGUGGUGUCAUCUGGACGACGUCGGCUGAUAAGUGACCGCAGGGCUCGAAUCAGACCCUCCUGGAGCUGCUCUACAGCCCACAUGUUUGAGAUGCCAGAACGGUCUGAAGAGCACAGAGGAUGCCAGGAGACCAGUACCACAGCCAUGAAGAGAGCCAUUUCAUCAGGCUCUAGCCCUAAGGAGCUCAACUUCUCGCUGAAGUCAAACAUUGCGUCCAGCAGGGAGCCCAUGCCCAAAGCCCGCAGUGUAGAGAGUGGCCCAGGCUCAGCUGACAAGAAUGUCAGGGUGCAGUGUUCGUUUCCACCACGAGGGGGCGUCACCGUGUCAUAAAUCCCCACGCACGGUAGCUCCCAUCGACGCCCCGGAGCGGCCACGAGAAACUUCGACGCGCGUGUGUGUGAGUGGGUCAAAGUUCUUCUGGUGGGAGCGACGUGCUCGCUCUUGAAGACGCUCGGGCGGUGCACACCACUCCGAGGCGAAGAAGAAAAGUGAACCGAUGACUCUCUUAAAGUGGAGUCCGACCUUCCCCCUCUAAACCAGAGGUCGCAUCACCGUUCCUCCGUCCCCUCUCCGAAAGGCCACGGAUUUCACCAUUUCAGCCAGGAUUUCCAGGCGUUGUGAAAGCUGCUACUUGCGCCCCGCGGCCUGCUGUGGACCCCUGGGUGCUCUGUCGCCAUGGCUACCAACAGGGAACAGCAGGUGGGUCACAUGACAGGCUUCCCACCUGCUGUCUACCCCUUUGCCUUCAACUCCAUGAGAAGCCACUCCCCCUUUGACCUGCUGGCCAACAGCAGCCUCUUUGGAAGAUUUGGUGCUGACCUGCCCAAAGAGAUGGCCGCCCUCUCCGUGGAGACCCAGAGCACCAGCUCUGAGGAGAUGGUACCCAGUUCUCCGUCUCCACCUCCCCCACCUCGUGUCUACAAGCCCUGCUUUGUGUGCCAGGACAAGUCCUCAGGGUACCACUACGGGGUCAGCUCCUGUGAGGGCUGCAAGGGCUUCUUCCGCCGCAGUAUCCAGAAGAACAUGGUGUACACCUGCCACCGAGACAAGAACUGUCAGAUUAACAAGGUCACACGCAACCGCUGCCAGUACUGCAGGCUGCAGAAAUGCUUCGAGGUCGGCAUGUCCAAGGAAGCGGUGCGUAAUGACAGAAACAAGAAGAAGAAGGAUGUGAAGGAGGAGGUGGUGCUUCCCGAGAGCUAUGAGCUAAGUGGGGAGUUGGAGGAGUUGGUCAAUAAAGUCAGCAAAGCUCACCAAGAAACCUUCCCGUCACUUUGCCAGUUGGGCAAAUACACCACCAACUCCAGCUCAGACCACCGUGUCCAGCUGGAUCUGGGCCUGUGGGACAAGUUCAGUGAGCUCUCCACCAAAUGCAUCAUCAAGAUCGUGGAAUUUGCCAAGCGGCUGCCAGGUUUCACCACCCUCACCAUCGCCGACCAGAUCACUCUGCUGAAGUCGGCCUGCCUGGACAUACUGAUGCUGAGGAUCUGCACACGCUACACACCAGAACAGGACACCAUGACCUUCUCAGAUGGCCUGACUCUGAACCGCACUCAGAUGCACAACGCUGGCUUCGGACCACUCACAGACCUGGUGUUCGCCUUCGCCGGCCAGCUUCUACCCCUGGAGAUGGAUGACACAGAAACUGGCCUCCUCAGCGCCAUCUGCCUCAUCUGUGGAGACCGUAUGGAUCUAGAAGAGCCGCAAAAAGUGGAUAAGCUGCAAGAGCCACUUCUUGAGGCUCUGAAGAUCUACGCUCGCCGCCGGCGGCCCAACAAGCCCCACAUGUUCCCCCGCAUGCUGAUGAAGAUCACUGACCUCAGGGGCAUCAGCACCAAGGGUGCGGAGAGAGCCAUCACUCUGAAAAUGGAGAUCCCGGGGCCCAUGCCUCCUCUGAUCAGGGAGAUGCUCGAGAAUCCGGAAGCUUUCGACGACCAAACGGAGAGCAGCGACAGCCCGCCACCUCCGCCGCCGCCACCGCCGCCUCCAGCGCCACCGGCUCUGGUCUUGAAACAGGAAGUGGAGGAUGAGGACGACAGCUGGGCCACAGAGAACGGCAGCGAGCCGUCACCGGAGGAGGAGGACGAGGACGAGGACGACGACGUGGGAGAUGAAGAGCGAGACAGGGGCUCGGACAGUGACGGGGAGUCCUGGGGGGCUCUGGAUGCCAUAGAUGGGUCGAGGAAAGGCCUCUUUGGGAGGGCACAGUGAAGAGAGAAUUUCAUACACACACACACACACGCACACACACAUACAGCACAACCUCACUCACUCUCCCACCUCAAGAAAAAAUGCUGGCCUCCCCCUCCCCCGUCUCUCUCUUUACUGCACAUCAUUGUGUGCUCCUCAGUGGAGCACAGCAGAGCCUUAUGUGUACAGACACUUAUAACUCAGGCCACAUGGUCCAUGACGAGUGAACUACAGAGAAAAUAGAGUAAAGGAGAGAUGACAGUAGACCAUAUGAACUCCUGGCACGGCCAAGAGGGAAGUAAACGUGACAAAAAGAACACAACCUCUUUGAGAAAGCGAAAUGUCUCUUCUUUUUUUUUUCCCCCUCGCUAUUUUUGUUGAUAUUUCCGAACAGGGGAACGGCCAAACCAGACAUCCGAACUGAGCGGUUGAUUCCGAUGGAUUACAACAAGCACAUUUCUCAAAAGAAAAACAAGAGUACAGGGCAAAACCAAAUCGCGUAUGCUAAUCUUUUGUUUUGUUCUUUGUGGUUAUUGCUUUUGAGUAUGUUUUCAGUUUUUCUUUUUGUUUUCAAUUUAUGAAUAAGUCCAUACAUAUCUAUAUACCAUUAUAUUUUGUCUUUAUUUGUUAUUCUGGUUUUAUAUAUGAAUCCUUUAAGACAAGUUUUUUUUUUCUUUGAAGAGCUUUCCUGAGAAGAUAUUCAGAGGGAAAGAAGGGUAAUCAGAACUGGCUGGGUCUUCCUUAUCAGCUGCAUAUGCUUGUUAGCUGGGGCUUUUUUGGGGGGAGGGGGGGGGCGCUCUGGCUCACUGUGGAUGUCAAUGAUAAUCAACCCAGAGAACUAUUGUUAUGUUGCAGUAACUCAAUCAGUUUCUGUUAUCAGGGAAUUGGCAUUAUUCUAGUUUGCUCUUGUUGCAGCCAACAAAACGCUGUCGAUACCGAAAGUAAGUGUCUUUGUGCCAAAGUUAGGACAAGUCAUCUUUGGGGCAUGAGUGCGACUACUGGCAGGGACUCCAGCCACGAUCCAGUGAUCCUCACAGCAGAGCGCUCACUUACACAUGCACUAAUACAAAAACACCUUCGAUAUCCCGCACAGUAUUCACACUCCGAAAGCAUUUGACGAAUACAAACACACUCGGCUCACUCUACACUCAGCUGUAGCAGGUGUCCGCCCCGGCAUCGAGCGCCCGGACAGAGAUUUACACUUGACCAUAUAUGUAGCACUUUGGUGAUCCUCUGUUGAGAGUAGAGUCACUGUCGGUGAGCUGAUGUCUCCGUUAGCAUGUCCAAAAUGAGGACAGGCGACAUAUUAAAAAUACAAUCAACGCUAGAGCACUCCCCAGUGACGUCAGUAGCCAAAUACUCACCCAGCAUGUGAAAAAAAAAACGAAAAAACAUCCACACACACUAGCAACAUUAUGCAUCAACACGAUGAUCAAUGACAUAUGCAAGUAUAGAGAGCAGGAAUCCUAAUGGAAGACAUUUUGGAAUCAGACUCAGGGCUUUUCAGUAAGGACCAAACCCUAGCUGCUGUCAGGCACGCUACAAACAGGCAAUAUUUAUGUGUGUAUUCUUGACUCCGUUAUGAUCAGCUCGACCCCUCUGCGUGUACAUAGAAGGUGACAAGUCUUGAAAAAAAACCAGCAUGGAUGCCAGUCUGACUCUGCCACAGGGGAAGGACAAGUCAUCUUCGUCGUCGUCAUCGUCACUGCCCCGCCUGUGCUCGCUCUGGCAUCCAUGCAGCGAAAACUACCUUCUCAUCCCAAAAGCCAUUAUAUCAUCUUGUCUUCUUGUGUAUACCCUUACUCCUCUUUAAAGGAGCUGUGGAGGACUGUGUGUUCUCGUGUAUCAUUUCUUUGUUGCCAAAAUGUCUCAGCGGGCGAUCAGCUGAUAUUAGAGAUCGGCCGAGAUACAGAACAGAGGUUUGUUUUUAUAUUUCUUUGGUUCUCUCUUUGAAGCAAUAUGAACGGUCUCUCUGUAGCGAUGAGAGGUCCCAUCUUCAGAAAAUAUGGGCAGGUUUCCUCAUUUAGAGUUGUGUAUGUGUGCGCGUGCGUGCUUCCGUGUGUGAAUGCUGUAACACGUUUUCAGUCAUGGGUGAAUGUCCUUGGCAUGGUGCUGUCACACGAAAAACAAACAAACUCCUGUGUGAUGACCUCAACCUUUCCCUCUGCUGACGCUGCUGUCAAGAUAUCAAUGGUGGCAAUGCAGGCGGGUUAUUGAGAUUGUCGCUUUUUUUUUUUUUUGUCAACAUGGCCAAGGUGUUGUCUACCCUCUGUUUAUGUCAACUCUUGUCAUACAAAGAAAAGCCAUAUAAACAGUAAGAGGCACAAUAAACUACUUUUGUGAGAUUA